UGUGCAAGCGAUGACGAAUACGAGAACAGUGCAGAGUACGACGAAGACAGUUUAACGAAUUCGGAUUAUUUUCGAAUUUAUUUCGCACAAAGAGAAUCCGAUAAAUUACAACGUCGUCUUGAAAAGCACAACGAAGAUGCCGACGAGAAGUCAUCCUUAUUACUUUCGCAUAAACAGCAACGUUCAAUCAAAGUGCCACAAGAACGUACCAAAAGCCGAUAUUUUGAAGUACCUCAUUCAGUGUCACAAUAUCAGUCGCUCACUGGGGUAAGCUUCAAACUCUGA